AAAGAAAAUCCCAAGAUUACUAUUCACAGUCACUGUAUCUUCUCUCGACUCUCGAUCUGGUGCCCUAACCAGAGGGGACGGAACGUUUUGCCUCUCUUCUCUCCAUUGAAUAUUUCUCUUAUCUCUUGUACUAUUGACAAAUAUACGGGCUUAGCACAGACUAUUAUCAACUCCUCUCUGUCUCCAAUCGCAGUAGCACAACACAGUUGCACUUGAACCGGCUGAUCGCCGCACUACUCUCUCAGCUCCCGAUAGUUGUGGACAGCCUAAUUGCAGCCGCCUGCUGCCACACCUGGUACGAACAGGGAAUCCGACACCUUAAGCUCAGUGAGAACCAAAGAAGGAAGAUGGCGUUUAGAGGGAAGGAGAUGAUGAAGAAGCUGAUGAAGAAGGUUGGAGAGGAAAACUUAGCACCGGGAGUUAAGGAAUCACUCAAGAAGUACAUACCUGACAGCAAGGUCGUUAUGAGCAGAGCCAAACGCGGCCUUUAUGCUGGCCGCCAUAUCCAGUUUGGGAAUCGCAUUAGCGAAGACGGUGGCAACAAGUCUAGGAGGAGUUGGAAACCAAAUGUCCAGGAGAAGCGGCUCUUUAGUUACAUCAUGGACCGCCACAUUCGAGUCAAAGUCACUACUCAUGCUCUUCGUUGCAUAGACAAGGCAGGUGGAAUUGAUGAGUACUUGCUGAAGACUCCUUACCAGAAGAUGGACACGGAGAUGGGCCUUUUCUGGAAAUCAAAGAUCGAGAAGCUAUAUGAAGAGCUUGGGCAGAUGGAGGUAGUAUUCUUCUCACCUGAAGAUGAAGCUAAGUUUGAGCAAGGUUUUAGAGAUUUGAAAUUAGCCGAGCGGGCAGCUCGAAGGGAAGCCAGGAGACAGAUAUAUGCAGUCUCAGGGAAACAAGAUCAGAUUGAGGAAGGAAGUGUAGGUGAUAAAGUAGCUGAUGAAAAAGCUGCUAGUUUUGGGGAAGGAAGCUCACACGUAGGUGAUCACGAACAGUUGGUAGUAAAUGCAUAAUUCUAAAUCCCCUCUUCAUCAGCGUGGUAAGUAGGUUACAAUUUUGUUAGCUGCUGUCCAGUUUUUAACUUCCACCUAUUAUGAAUUUUUUUCAUUGGAAAGAAUUCUGGCAGAACCAUGCUGAGCUCCAUCAAUUAGUUCUCCUCACACAGUAAUUAACAAAGUAGUUUCCCCAGCAAUGCAUGUGGUUGUGAUUUGAAUCACUUUACUGUAGGGCUUGAAAAUAUGCUAUUAUGAAAUCAGAAAUAAGGUAGUGUUGGUGUA